AUGGUGAAACUCUUUCCCCAACUGCAACAAGCCACUCGCGGUAGCAGCAGAUCACAACACCUUCAUCGUCACGCGUCUAUGUUGAGGCAACUGCCCCUCCAUCCGCGCGCUCGGGCAGGUGAACUGGGCGAGUACGCUUCUGUCGCCGAUUGCGGUGUCCAGCGGAAGGUGAGUCGUUUUCUAUAUUGAUAUGUGCACUUUUUCACCGCGUUUUCAUGCCCGACGACGCAUUACGGCUUGAACAUGCCAACCGGUUCACGCGAAAAUACUAGAUGUAGAUAAUGAUAGAGGUUUCAUCUUCCCUACGUCGGAUGACGGUAUCAUCGGGGUAUUACCGAUUAGUUGUCAAAAAUCGGCCGUAGUCCGUCUUCAUAACAGCAGAACCGCGCCGUAAGUUUCCAAAUGCGCGCUUAAACCUUUGUUUAUAUUAAGGCCACAACUGAAUGAGAACCGCGCCCAUAGUCAUGUGGGCAGCUUGCAAAGCAUUUGGAACAAAAUAAUUACAUUGCAGGACAUUUGCACCAAAAGUAUUACUAAUAAGCCCCUGAAACAAGACGAAUGAAAGAUUUACAGACGAGAAAAAGCUAUUUAAGAGAAAAUUAAAAUCAUUUCAGAAGAGCAUUUGGCGAGCUUACGCGUACUUUCGAUAAAUUCUCAUCGGGCCUGUACAUUUUUUUAUGGGAACGAGGUACAAACUGAAGGUGUGGGUGAUAAAUGCAGUCGACUAAGACUCGCCCUUGCAUACAAACGGGGUAUGUGAAUGGAGUAGGUGGGAGGGGGAAGGAGAGGAGGCAGUGACAGUGUGGGUUAGGUUUAGCCAUGUGACAAUGGGGGGGAGGCGAAGGGAGGGGGCGCGGAGACCUGCAUACGGUUAAUCGAUCCUGGUCCACGGUAGACGCGGAACGUGCAAAAGGUUCUCCUGCGCGCACAGGACCGGCCUAUCAGGCAUCCUUGACUAUAACGAAGCACCACAGAUACCCUAAUCCUUGGAGAUUGCAUAUGCGAAGAUAGAUAAUUAUGAAAGGGAAAGUUGUUUGGAAUGAUCGUUUCUGGUCAAUUUACCUGUCAUAAUUCAGUUCCAAAUCAAAAUAACUAGAGUUCUGGACUGGGUUCGUCAUUGUAUCACCACUCCGCUACUGAACCAGGAGCUCACUACCUGCCGGCAGUAGUAUAUGGGAGUGGCGUUCAUCAAGCUCUCCUGACUGCCAAAACUUCUCAGUUUUGCCCUAACACUUCGGUUUGAAACACAUGCUUGCGUUCACACAAUGACGGUCAGUCCGCAACCAUACAAGCCUUUGUCCACAUGGCUACACCUAUUAGUUCCGACCGAUACGGCCACUCACGGCACGACUCUCUGUUAUAGUUCGAGAGAAUUUGAUUACAAAGGGACCAAGCUGUGUACUCAAGCCUACUUGUCUAAUGAGUCAGACCGCAGUCUAACCUGUAGACAGAGAUCGUCUGGUCUAGACUUCCGGGCAGUUCAAGAACUUUGUUUAAACACCGAGUGGCAUGCCUAAUCACGUCUGAAUGAAAAUUAGAUUGUCGUGCUCAAGUUGAUUUAGAUGGACGGGCAUGCGUGUCUUUUCCUCCUUGUCCGGAUGCUGACAAUGGAUGAUAAGUUCCUUAUUACCUCCCGCCCACUGGUCUGUUGCAUUUGGUCUGUCGAAUAAGAUGGGGACCAUAAAUCCACCGGGAAGCGAUUUUGGCCUGAAUGACAUCUACGUCAUUCUCUUUUCAAUUCCCAGCAUGCAAAGCCUAAAUGCGACAGGAAGCGGACGUAUGGUCAUCAGCUGGCGUGAGUGUAGGCCCCUGUCCCCAAUCUGAUAAGCUCAGGCUGAUAUAUUAAUCGAAAUCAACCAAGUUUCACUAACUUGAACGUCGAUGGCAAGCGGGAAUGGUACCCGUCCGGAGGACCUAGUUUUCAUUCAGUUGGAAGCCGCUCCCUAUAGGAGUUUUUAAGAUAAAUUGAUGUCACCAAAGUGUGCGGGAUUUACUACAGUGAGAGCAGAUUCCUCAUGAUGAAUCGCGAUCUUUUAAUCUUUCGCAUCGAUUACUGAUGAAAUGACUGGGUCAAACAUUCAGGAAAUGGGAUUUGUUCAACGGCCGCCAAGUGUUUGUGUUCCUUGCUUUUAUUUGUCCUGCUGUAGAUGGUGUUAUUCCAAAGUGGAUAAUCUAGAUAGGAGUGAGCCCAAUCGCUGGAACGAGAGCUUUACUAACAAGACGUGCCCACAGAUAAGUGAUCUAAAUGAUGGCUUCUAACACAAAUCCGAAGCCUCAGGUCAACAGAGCGAUCCAGUGUACUUCUUCCCAAACUGCAAAGACUCCCUGGUAGUGUCUGUUUGCGUUUGAUCCACUAGACUAGACAAACAAACUUAGUACACUAAAUGUUUUUGAGAUCGGGCAAUCCACGUUAAAACACGAAAUGUUGUAAAAAAACAAGGCGGUAGAUUGUUCGGUGACUUAGAUGGUCCAAAAUCUCCCAUUCCGCAUGUAGAUGUGUCGGGUUCUAAGCAACCAUCUUCUCCAACUGUACUUUCUUAAAAAGUCAAACAACUCCUACUCCUAACGCUGACCUAGACCCAUUCAUUGCUAGCUACAGCGACCAAAACCAGUGGAAGGGAAAGGUGGGUAGGACUUAGGAAAUUUUCGCCUCCAUCCGCUCACAAAAUAGAGAACACGCCCCGCUAAGGGUGGACAACAUUGGCCCUCAGAUACCUGAUGAGGCCAAGACACACUCCAAAGCAUUGGCAGUGACCCACAUUUUAAGAAGUCGAGGCAAUCCGCUAUUGUUUACCCUACUCAUGACAUUCCACAUUUCAUAACCAAACAUCUCCCUCCAGGGGAUUAGCAUACAAGUUUGAACUAGACUUCAAGCUAACACCACUCAUCUUCUCCCCUUAGAAACCAAAUCACACGCCUUAAGGCUGUUCUUCUGGGGGUAUUGGCGACCAAUUAGUUUCUGACAAGAAACUGCCCUUUUUACUUCGCUUGCAAUCACCUCUAAAGAAAAUAACAUUUUUCUGGUUUAUCUCAUUGUAACUUUUCUACACAUGUUGCAGAUGCGAAAACCUGCAAUGGAGAAACGGCGUCGCGAGCGGAUUAAUGUAGCCCUGGAGGAACUGAAGCGCCUUGUCGCCGAACCCUUCCUUAAAGAGGUAAGAUAGUCGGAAUCUGGGAGAAGAGACCAAAUUGCUAAGAAAGGACAACAUAUUAGAACAAUAGGGCCCAAAAUAGGCAUAACCUUCAUAUGCAGUCGAGGCCAACAAGCGUAACUAGGUAAUAUCCAACGAGUAUAUGAAUAAGAAACGCCUUCGUGAAUGUUGUGGGCAUUUUUAGAAUCCACGGCUCUCGAUGGGUCCUAGUAGUUCAGGUGGCUGGAGCGUUGACCAUGCUCAAGUCUUGAUUCUGCUGUCGUGGGUUCAAAGUUCCCUGAAAAGUUCAACGAGGUAGACGCGCUGGACUAACACGAGGGCCAGAUCUGAGUCCGGCAGGCGUUAUCGGAGAUGCACACCCCAUAACAAAUGCCAACAUUCAGGGUGCGGUGGAAGGCCCGCUUGGGUUUCCCUGCCCGCUGGGUUUUCUCAAGCCUUCGGAUAUGCCUAUGGAUCCGACGUGAUCUCUCCAUCGCCACUAAGAUUCGCGUGUACCGUGCGUCUGUCCGGUCUGUCUUUCUCUACGGCUGUGAAUGCUGGGCUUUGCGCGUGGAGGACGAGCGAAAACUGGAGGUAUUUGACCAACACUGCUUGAGGACCAUCCUUCGAGUGAAGUUCGCCGACUUCGUCUCAAUUGAGACAGUCCGCGCUCGCUGCGACAACAUCGCAAGGAUAACUCAGGCCAUCCAAUAAAGACGACUGAGGUGGUUCGGGCAAGUUCAUCGUCGUCCACCUCAGCAGCUCAGUGUUACUGCCCUCGAUCCGGCACCGUUGCCCUACUGGAGGAGUCGAAGAGAGGGUCAGUUCAAAACCUGGCUCGACACUGUCCGUCAAGACAUGGAGGUGGUUCUUGGACCUUCGGUAUUCGGUCUCCGUCCUUGGCGAAGGGAAUGGGUUGAGCUGUCCAGAUCUGCUGCCGCAGAUAGUCACGCGUGGAGAGGUACGGUUCGGGGCAGCAUCGAGACCGGCUAGAUCAGGCAUGAUCGCAGGCGUAUCAAGUACAAGUACAGGCCCAAUUGCCGUCUAAUGUCACACCAACUGGGAUCCCGGCUGUCGUUUUUUUAAAAUCCUGUUCAAGUGUUUGUUAUGGAUCAGGGGAUGUGAUGGUACGCCUAGGUGCAGCCUUUCGCCAUGCCAGCCAUCUGUGGCCUCUUCCACUCCCGCCCUUCUUGAGUUGGUCAUGACACAGGGCUGAGAUGGGACAGGGGAGAGUGCGGUGGAUGCAGUGCAAGUCUGUCGUCAUCAUAAAAUAAUUCACGCGUAAGUCACCGUCCACAUGGUGAACUUCGUCGAACCCGACAGUCGAACUCUCGGGUUCGCAUGCCAUCGAGGUCGCCGAGGUUUUAACAACCGGAUCAAAGGGAUGUAAUGUGAAGGCAACGCUGCUUACCUCGGGCCUGAUCCUUUCCUGCCUCAAGUGACUUCCACCGGUAGACCACAUCGUUUGCAAAGAAUAAUUUGAACUAUCAUGCGGAAGUAGACCAUGGGAGCGUGGGGGUAGGGGAGAGGCAGAAGGGGAAAAUACCGUCAAAAGUAGCGCCUUAAGGGUUUAAUAUCAUAUUUAUUCAUUUUAAAGGUAGCUAUUUUUUUCCUAACCGCCGACUCUAUCUUUUGUGAUUUCAGAAUGCCCAGAAAUUAGAGAAAGCAGACAUCUUGGACCUGACUGUCAAGUUUGUGCUCGACUGCAUCACAAGUGAGUUUCGGAGUCUGUGCAGAUAAUUGUAAGUCAGAUACGGAAAUACAGACCCCCGUACAGCUGAUGGCCCUACGCUGAAUUCCCAGGAGUACCUAUUAGUUUGUCUAAGGUCAAACACUACGACGGACCCGUGUCUGACCGAGUUUUUGUCGUGCAGUCCCUGCUGUCAGCAGGAAAGUCAGUACUUUCGUCUACUCACUCCCCGAACUCCUAAAUUUUGGCAGCCUUUAACGAUACCAUCCGUGCUUCCUUAGCGAAGCCAUCGUAGUUUUCUGAGAACCCUGUGGGUAAGAUGUGGUUAUGUAGCCGCGCCUGAUGGACAAAAUACUGUUGGGGGUUAGGGUUAGGAGGCCAGCAUUAGGAGGCUAGGGUUAGGGGUCAGAGUUAGGGAUUAGGGCUAGGGGUUAUGGUUAGGGGUUAGGGUUAAUUGUUAGGGGUUACUGUUAGGGCAACUAUUUCUCAACCACUCGAAGUACAACCGGGCAUUCCCAAUCGCAUUUCUUUUGCAUACAACUACUUGACCUCGUCACCCGUGCGUUUCCCGGCCCCGCCUGUAAAAAACCCUAUUACCGCCGGUCCCGUACUACAGACGGCUGCGGGUUACUUACCUCAGGUGUGGCCUCAUAACCACAUCCGACUAACCGGUGGAUGGGAACAAACGAAGCCUUUCGUCUAUACGAAACCGAUUUUUAUGUCUGCCUUCCAGACUUUCCACAUGGAAACCAUCAGAAACAAUAAGCUAUGGACAGAGAAAAUGCAGAAAUUAUAGACUGCGCCGGCACAUGCCUGAUGACGGGCUGAUUCCAUAUGUCAGUACAUUUAUCCACGUACUGGUCAAUCAGAUUGCAAUCAGAUUGCAGAACAACUGAGCGAGAAACUUCGGCCACCGUAGUUUACAAAUAUAAAGUAUUUUAGCGGUGUGCAGCUUACUGUCUCGGCGUCCGACUUGUGAAAGUUUCCCCUAGUAUUCUUCAUUGCGACCUACAUUUUGUUUUUUGGUAGCAGAUUGUGCAUAUUUUCUUUGAGAUCAGUGCAAAGUAGGGAAAUUAUGUCCAAAUACCCAGCUCUGAUUUGCUUCUCGUCAGUACUAAAAGCUUUUCGACUGGAAACUGCAGCCGCCUGGCAUUAAUUUCAAGUAGGACACAGGAGUAGGGAUUCCCCGUAAUACAUGUAGCCUUGCGCUUACUUCCCGAGAGAUUGGGAUUAGUGGAAGGGUUAGGGCUAGUGUCAAGGUUCGGGAGAGGUUAACCUUAUCGGAAUUUAGCGUAAGGUCACCUGAAUUACGAGGGGGGGGAUGGGGGGCGGAGAAGGGGAUGGUUCCUAUGACGGCCAGACGCAUGUCAAACUGAGAAAUUUAUUCACCGCCACAAAUGGCAUGCGUUCGGAUAUUGACUUUAAGUUUAAUUCGUUUGACCUACAGUAAGGCGCUUACAAGUUCCAUCGUGGUGAGAAGCUCGCGCCCUACGUGAAAUUUGCUCAAUUACUCAGGUCUGGCUGUAAACCCAAGGUACAGAGGCAUUCAGGAGCUAUUAUAAGUGGGACUGCUAAAUUAACCGACGCGGAAGCAAGUUUCCUUUCCGAAAAAAGUGCCGCUUAUUUUGUAUGCAUGCAUUGUUUCACUGACUUCCUUUGCCUGUAUAAAGGAUAGUUCACAGAAAUCAUCGUGAAGGGAGCCAUCUUUAUUUUAUUGGCAUUUUGCUACUGAAGGAACUUAGUUAAUUUAGUAACUCAGCCAGCGUGUUUACCCGUUUCCAUUGUUAAUAAACUACCAAUCCUAUGUUUUGUUCGGAAAAAGUAUCAAGUAACUCGUUAUUAUGCCGUAAGUAAACACAAGGAUCCUACAGUGUUUUAAUGAAACUCGAUCACCCGACGCCUUUUGUCAGUAGAAGUAACACGCCAGUACACCGUUGUUUGCGCAAAGACUCUCGCGAAGGUCCAAAUGAAAUUAACAACUGUAAACCUUUACACUCCAACUAAUGCCCUCGGAGUACAACACCCUGCUCUCCUAAGAAGUGUUCGCAGUGUGUGUGGAGGCUGCGCGCAUCAUUUCUGGGUAAUAUUACUGAAUUCAUAAAGUGUCUUACAUGAAUUUCAAAAAAUGUUCCGAAUUUUAAGCAGCUGCCUCUCAAGAAAGUGACUAGCACGGGGAGUUAGAACAAUGCCGAAAAACGUCAGUGCCGUCAUCUGUGGAUUAACGUACAGUAUAUGUGCUUUCUAACGAAUUAUUAACCCAAAUUCUGAAAUGUACCUUCGACUAGAAAAUAUUGCUUAGAUAUGGUACUAGGUAUGGUAAGACUGUCAUGCAGCACAUUCACGAGAUGUUUCAGCCACGUCAGAGUACCAGUAUUUGAACAAGCUUCUUUCCAGCUGCCUAAAAACUGCACUCCGUAAAAAGUGGCCGCUUAAGCAGCACGCAUUUUUUGUAAUGAUUUUCGAUGUCCUUACGCAUUUAAAUAAAUUUUAGGAGAGAAAUGAAGGCAUAUUUUUUUCUUGUACUCAUUACAUCAUGUGCAAAUCACAUCUACUCCAAAUUGUACACUUGAGAAAAUUUAUCUUUCGGUUAUUUUUGGGCUUGACUUGCCGUUGUACAUGUGAUCGGUUUUUUCAAACUAAAAACUGUAUAUUUUUCCUGUAAGAAAGAUGUGGUACAAGGCUUGUAAAAUUUUGUAAUGUUUUCAAACCAUGUUGUGCACCUUACAAACAGCAUGGGUAAAUGAACGGAUACGAUGCUUUAUGGGUAGCCAUUUCACGGUCCUAAAAAUAUCCUAAUUAGAAACUCUUCGAAAGCAAAAAAUAUCCUUCCUUCAAGUAUAAAACUUGAAGAAAACGCAAUUUGCUACCAGAUAGCAGAGGACAAAAUAUUUGGUAAUUUUUUCCACAACAUAUAUUUGAAUGUAUAAGGGUAUCGAAAAUCUAUAUGAAAAAUUCAUAGGUGUUUUGGCAGAUUUUGAAUAAUUCAUAUUGACACAACCGUGAAAAACUCGGCGCCUCGGUGGGAUUCGAACACAUGCAGUAAGGGGAAGGCUUUACUACAGCCAACCCUCUAACCACUGGAGAUACCAGGCCCCGCCGGACGACGCGGGUUUAAUCACCUUUGGGUCAAGUUGCCCGCCAAACCUACUGCAACGUCUGGAAUCCACCAAAUCUGAUUCAGUAAGUUGAGUGCCCAGUCAGGAUUUCCUCAGUAAUUCACCUAGAAUCCACCAGAUGACUACCAGGUUUACGUAAUUCAUAUAUAUUUUGGCUGUACCAAGGCCUUCCCCUUACUGCGUGGGUUCGAAUCCCACCGAGGCGCCGAGUUUUUCACAGUUGGGUCUAUAUGAAUAUGAAAAAUGCCUAUUACUUACGCGGUCACCCUCAUAAAGGUUAGGCUUCGCAAGUAGCCGGAGGGAAGCUCAUUUAAAAGCCGACAUCCUGAUGUAACUGAAGUGUUUUGUGGUCAUGCUGUGGAUCAAGUAGUCAUGCGACCCCACUUAGGUAAUCUUUUCUAAUAGAAGACACAUUUAAAAAGUUAGGUUAACUUGUCAUAAGACAGCACACAUACUGUGUAAAAAAAUAUUUCAUACCAGUCGGUACUGCAGUCUGUUUAAGUAAUUACUCCAAUCAUGAGAUCGAUAUAACGACCACAGGAAAUAUAUGUGAUUUUAGGUAUUUGUGGAAUAUUGGAUACGCCUACCCCCCUGGCUUACUUGCCAUGCGGCGAGAGAGGAUCUUGUGUAAAUUGCGCUAAAGCUGACCAAUAUUCCAGUGAAAAAUAGGAACCUGUUUUCGGUCAUUUAAUGCACACUCAAAUCCCCUCCUGCCAACAGGAACUAAAAAGCUCACCAACCAGUCGGCUAACUGGACACAAAAUGCCCACUGGACCAGUUUUAUGGCGGGCUACACUGCUUGCGAGUCUGUCCUCAGAGACCUCUUCCAAACUCAACGCCAGCUCGCAGACAACUGCCUACUUCGAUCGCUGCCAACCGACCUACUGCCUCUCUUGCUCUGUCUGCUAGACAACCAGCGUCAACCGGCUGCUGCCAGUUUCCUACGCUCACUCGAGCCCUCUUUGUGUCCCCCAGCGCACCCCGCCUAUCUACGACUCCCAGACCACAAGUCAUCCACCUGCAUGAUGCUCGCGGAUCAGUGUCGUCGUUUUGAUUCUGUCUCGAGUAGUACCGCAGCGCCGUCCGCAUCGGCAGCGGUGGAUGCACCAAAGUCACCGGAAAUCAACCAUCCCUUGCAGACUGCGACGACAACAUCGCCACAUUCGUCCUCGUCGUCCACAGCAUCGGAGCGUGUCACCCUGAAUGAGGAGCGUACUCCACAGCCAAGUGUAGACAAAGGUAUCUCUCCUCGGAAAAGAGCCUUAUGGAGGCCAUGGUGA